AUGUCGGUGGAGGAGGUCUGCACCCUCCAACGUUCGCUGCGGCUGGCCUACGCCGCCACCCCGAUCCCGGCCACGCUGCUUCUCCAGCAGGCCCGCGCCCACCACCACCCUCCGGAGCUCUCCGUCGGCCUCACAGCGUUGGACGAGCUGCUGGGCGGGGGCGGCCUGCGGGCGGGCGAGGUGACGGAGGUGGUGGGCGGGGCGGCCGCGGGCAAGACCGCGCUCUGCCUGCAGGCCUGCGCGUCGGCCCUGGCCGACCCGAGGGCCACCGUCGCCUUCGUGGACUCGGCCAACGCCUUCACCCCCACGCGCCUGCUCCCCCUUUUGCCCCACGCCGAUGUGAUGACGGCCAUGAGUGCGCUGGCGCGCUUGCGGUGUUGGCGCGUACACGACGGCCAGUCGCUGCUCACGCUGCUGCACCAGCUGCUCGACGAACUAGCCAGCCCGCACCAGGAGGGCGACUACGCGCGCAAUCUGCGCUUGGUGGUCGUCGAUUGCGUUGCGAGCCUUCUCGCGCCCCUCCUCUCCUCGGCCUCUCUUGGUCACUCGCUCGUCAGCGGCAUUUCACGCGCGUUGCGGCUUUUGGCGACACGGCACAACCUCGUGGUGCUGGUGACGAAUUACGUGGUGGGCGGAGACGAGGAGUCGCGGGACGUGGUGAAGCCGGCCUUGGGCGAGUCGUGGGGCAUGACCUCCGCCACGCGCCUGUACGUCCACCGCCAGGCCUCGUCCAUGCAAUCAGGAGCCGAUGGGACCAUCUCGGCCCUCUACUACGCCGCCCUUGUCAAGUCUUCGCGUCAGGAGUGUACGGGCGACCGGGUGUGGUUCGGUAUCGACGGCCAGGGGUUGGCUCCGCUACAGGACGAAAGCGCCCACCACCACCAGCAGCAGCGCAUGGACUAUGACGACGCCGCGCCCUCUUGA